ACCCAACAGUGGCUAGCGUCGAGCAAGUUCCGCACUCGGGAAACUUCCAUCUCGGCACUGGCUAGUUUUCUCCCUCCGCGUCCCGAUCUUCGCUCUUCCGCAUGUGUGUCUGCACAGCAACGCAACGAGGUAAUAACGGCUGAGGCACCAUGGAAGAUGUUUCGGGGCGAGAGCCAUCGCCGCACGUCUAUGUCCGCACAAGAGUCGCCAACGCUUGCGACAGUUGUAAGGCCCGGAAAGUCAAGUGUGACGGCAAGUUGCCAUGCAGCUACUGCUUGAGACGUCAACGUCCUUCCACGUGCCGAUACUCUCCGCAGCAGAGGCGACGAGCGCCGGCCCCCCUUCUGAGAACGCCGUCUCCGUCUGUGCAUAACGGCCCGGAUAUUCAGUCCGAGCCCCGGCAAUCAGUCCCGGCACACGAGGCCUUGGCCGAAGAAGAGACGGAGGUCCCUCGGGAGGCACGUCUUUUGUGUGAUGCUCAAGGAAAAAUAAUUUUCAUUGGAGAUUGUGCGCCUCUGUCAUUCUUCCAAACUGUCCGGCAAUUGGUAAACACUCGCGUCGAUCCGCAAGUCUUUGCACACCAGACUGAAAACCCGCCUUUCCGACCACCGGCUCAUUAUUCCGGAAACGACGAGCCCGCCCUACGACUGACAACAAUCCCAAGUGCUGUUGUAAAGUAUCAUGAAGUGACCAGUGGUGUCGUCGAUCUGUUUGGCCAUGCACAGCUCGUCAACGAGAUCGAGUCCUGGGCUCGACAGAAUCAUAAAUCACAAGACGCAAUAUCCGCCACUUUUUACCUUGUUCUUGCCAUAGGUUACCAGUCUUCCGAGGAAGACCUUGCAUCCUCCUACUUUGAAUAUGCACGCAACAUCGCCCUGGCAAAUCUCAGCGGCAACAUCAAUGUUCCAACAAUCCAGACAUUCAUCCUAGUUACUGUCUAUAUGCUCGCUUCAUGCCAAAUGAAUGGGGCAUUUCUAUUCUUUGGUAUCGCAGUGAGAGCAGCCUACUCGAUUGGGAUUCACCGCACUGAGAUUAACUCUCGAUUUGGCGCCGACGUCCAGAGGCAGCGGGAUCGCCUGUGGAAGAGCCUGCGUGUCUUGGAUCUCUUCUUGAGUACAUCGAUGGGCCGGCCACCUGCAACAUCUGAUGUGGACUGCACUGUACCUUACAGGGAGCUGGACGAUGAGGGACAAGAGAUAUUCGACAUACUCAAUGCUUCUGCGCAGAUAUUCCUGAUCACUGAAGGUAUCGUCGUAGAAGUGUACUCGAGAAGGAAGGUUUCGUAUCAAUUGACCGAAGGUAUCUCACGACAGCUAAGGGACUGGUCAAUUCGUUGGUUACAGAGGCUCAAGGACGCUGUGUCUGAUACCUUAUCAAGACAAGAAGCAAGCAAGGCGACGGGAGCUUGCCAAGUCCUUUGUUCCUACUACUAUGCGGUGAUAUUGGUCUCACGACCUUUUCUAAUGUAUGAAUUGCACAAGCGACUAGCCGACGGAGUUGCCGAGACGCCAACGACGACUUCGGGUCUUAUCUCCGGCAAGUCAAAACUUGCCGAUGCGUGUAUCGAUGCAGCAAGCUUCAUGGUUGACAUAGUAGUUGGCCUGGCGGAGAGAGGGGUUUUAACAGGACACAUGCCUCUAGUUGUGUCCUGGUUAUUUGCCUCAUCCCUCAUUUUGGGCGUAGGUCUUCUCGGAUCCUUUGGCCGCAUAUUGGAAAAGUACACGCGAAACUCUAUAAUGGUCCUGGAACAUUUUGCAAAGAUCGACGCUCACGCCUCUCAAUACUCACUCAUUGCAAAAUCAUUACUCAACGCUGCUCUUGAGUACUUGGAAAAGAAGGAACUCAGAGAACGUGUGCAGCGUACUGAAAGUUCCUCGCAGCUUUUUGGACUUGUCCCGCGAGAAAGCACCGAAAGUGUCCACAACAUCCAAGCUUCAGCUACUGAUGCGAAUUCAAGUUCAAGUACGGAUCGAAGCCUCGUUUCGAAGACAAACAACUCCGUCUCUGCUUUCCUUGGACUCGGUUCCCCAUCUUUUGCGGACGUAGACGCAUCCUUCUUAAGCCUUUCGUCAUCAUUACCCAGGACGCCGGAUUUGUCCAUACUUGACGGAAGGAAUGAAGUGGAUCAUGGUUUUGGAGAUCUGAACUUAUUUCAACUUCUCGACGGCGACGGACACAUUGAUCUUGGUCCUUAUAUCUGAGUAGGGGGGCCUAGGAGGGGUACUUCCAGAGAUAGCUCGAGAUUUCGUUACGCGUUUGAAAUCCCGGGUCCAAUCUGGAGACCAAUCAGAUGACUUCAACUUUUACUGAAGACGCUCUACGGAGUAAAUCACCAUGGCUCAAGCCGCUGUGUGGGCGAGCUUGACGUAAGAGAAGUGUUCGACACACUCAGGGCCUUGGCAGCUGUAGCGUACUUGUGUACAAUGUGAAUAUCGUGCGCACCAAUGUAAAUAUGACAAGCAUUUCUGGAAAUUAUAUGAAUCUCGCAAAGGUGGCGUAAAGCUUUCCGAAGAAAGAAGAAGCCGUCAUAGUCAUCGGUUUGGUUGGCCAGUACAAAGCUCUUUACAAAGAACUGCCCAUCUUAGGAACCCGAACAACUUAACCCUACUGGCUCGGCAUCUUCCAGUGGCGAUUUCGACCUCGCUACACCCUCUACUAGCCAAGGAGCGGGUACCCUAUUCAGUUUACACAGCCGAC